AUACAUGUAUUUAUAAUUUGAAGAUACGCUGUUAUCUCCGAUUCAGAGUCAUUUAUGGGUAACUACAUGUAAUGUACAAUCUCCUGUUGCUAUAAAUGAGCAGUGGUCACUUUGUUGGAUUGGAUCAGGAGUAACACGGAAGGUCUUCCUCUUCCAGAUCAUGAAUGAACAAAUGCGAUUGGUUGUGUUCGGACUUCUCUAUUUCUUCCUAGCGUCCUGUAAUGCGCAGUCUACUACGGAAAUCGCGCAAACAACGACAAACACAACGGGAUCCAUUCGAACAACAACGAACACAACAGGAUCCACCCAACCAACGACAAAUUCUACGGGAUCCGCUCCUUCAUCGUCAGUAACGCCGGUCAUCCUAUCAACAGUUACCAAUGACAACACAAGUACGGAAGUUUCUAACUCCACCCAACCUACUACAAAAGAUUUUACCCCACAGAUUUCAAUUCUCCCAGCUAACGAGACUUCCACCCCCAAAACCACGAGAUCUCCACCCCGCUCCACUCCAAAGCCUGGAUUUGACGGAGCGUUGUUUGGAGGGGGGAUAGCUCUGGGGGUUGGAAUAGUGUUGCUUUUCGUAUUCGUCGGGGUUGGAAUUAUGUCGACAAGGAAUAAAUUCAAAGGACCUAGUUAUGAGGUGUUAUAGGGUAUGAUUUGAACACUUUUUGAAAUACUUUUCUGUGUUGUGUUAAUACAUGAUUAGUUUUCAUCUUUCAAACAAGUUUAUUUCUUCGUGUAAAUACUGUGGCAUUAAAUAAUUAAUUUCA